GGGGAAGAAAAAAAAAAAAAAAAAAAAGCACCCUUCUGUUCUCCAUGUAGAAGAGGCUACCUUUCGCAUGACCACAAGCGAUAGAACAGUUUAGCCACUUUGGAGCGGUGCGCGAAAUUUUAUUUGUAGCAAGGGGGGGUACAACACCCUAUUUCCCCUGUGAUGGUUCGCCUCAUCGGGUCCCAAGUAGAUCCUAAGCCUACCCAUGUAUAUCCAUAUGGGGGUGCUAACUCGUUUAAGAUAGGCAUUGUGCUUUUUCCCCACUUUGUGGAAGAGACUUUCUCGACGGGUUCGAAGCAGACCAGUGGCAGACCAGUGGCAGACCCCUAGCAGACACAUCGGCUACGCUUUUUUAUAUACUUCAAAAAAAAAAAAAAAAAAAGAUCUUCCUUUUAAGCGCACUGGCAAUUUUGUAGAAUUACCCCCCCGCACUUAAUGAUCAUGAUAAGUUCCCCCAACUGUGACGUGACAGCAGACUUGAACAGGCUGAGAAGCAAACGCGUCGACGAAAUUGCAGAAAUUGUUAAAAGGGCCAGGGAAGCGAAGGAAGCCCAGCUAGGCGAUAUAGACAGCCUCAAGGAGAAACAAAAUCUAAAUGUGCUGAAAUCCUUUGCAGAGAACCAGGCACACUGUCUCAGCAUAUGUAAAGAAAAUUUGUACCAUCGAUUUGAGCAGGACGUGGAGAGGUACCAACACGUGAGCGCGCAGAAUAACUCGACUCUUAACGAGGGGAAAAAAAAAAAGUUAGAAAAGUUUUAUCAAGACAUGGAGCAGCAGCUGUGUUUCCGUGCGUGUUCUAUGAGGUGCCGCCACUUUCUUCAGGAUAGGGACUGAGAGAGGAAGAG